AGGAACGAGUGGGUUGCAAGUCAAAUUCUUUCGGUUAACUUCGUGGCUUCGAUGGCAACUGUGGUAAUUCCAGGAACGGACACGGAGGUGCUCCUGUUGCGGCGUUCGUCAUCAGCUUGCGACAUCCAUCAGUGUACAGAAAAAGGCUGCUCGCUCUGUCCAUGACUUCUUCCUACAGUGAGCAUUAAGGCUUCUUCGGCCGUGCUACUGCUGCCCUCCGGUGUCCAGCGCUGAAUUGUGAUUUCGAGAUUAGAUUCUGUGUGCAGCGGGAACGAGUUUUUGUCGAGGAAUUUGAAGCUUGCUUGUGCUGUGGCCGUGGGUGGUGCUGUUGUGCUGUGCUGUGCUGCUCUGAGGGGGGAAUAUCGAGGAAAGUUUGAUGGCUUCUUAUCCGGACAAAGAGGUGAAGCUAUGGACAGACAAAAGAGAGCGAGAGAUGUAUGACAACUUCGCCGAUUUGUUCGCAAUCAUCAAAACCACGGAGAAAUUAGAGAAGGCAUAUGUGCGCGAUGUGAUCAGCGCCAAGGAGUAUGAACCUGCAUGUGCGAAGCUCAUCGCCCAGUUCAGAACCCUAAAGACAACGCUCAAAGAUACUGUACCUGAUGUAGAGAGAUUCAUGGAGGCUUACAAAAUGGAUUGCCCGGCAGCGGCCAAUCGCCUCAUAAUUUCUGGAAUUCCUGCCACCGUAGAGCAUAAAUCGGCAUCUUCGGAUUCCGGAACAGCAGUUGCCGUAGCAGAGUGUGUCCAGCACUAUAUCACUGCCAUGGACAGCUUGAAGCUGAAUAUGGUGGCCGUGGACCAGGUCCAUCCUCUUCUUUCUGAUUUGGUUGCUUCCUUGAGUAGGGUACCGCAAUUGUCACCUGAUUUCGAAGGCAAGGUGAAAGGGAGAGAGUGGAUCACAAUUCUUAACAAAAUGGGAGCAGCCGACGAGUUGAAUGAGCAACAAGCGCGGCAAUUGUUGUUUGAUUUGGAAUCUUCCUACAACGCCUUCAUCAACUCUCUGCCCAAAUCAUCUUCUUAAUCUAGGUGCUUGCGGAAUUACAUUGUUUGUGGACGCCGUGGAAAGAGCUUUUGUACAUAUGCACGCUGUUACCAUUGCUCUCCUAAUCUUCGUAAAUAUUGGAACUUCAAGUAAAAUUCAGCACGGUUGCCUGGACCAGGUUUACCAGACCUUGAUAAACGAGAGUCAGCUUGAUGUCGCGACCACAGAAUCCCAGAAUAUGAAUUUUAAACACCGCAGCAGCGGUGUCAUUUUGUUGAAUUUUAGGUGUCACAUUUUUUGAAUUUGACAAUAUG